UGGGGCGGGGAGAGUCUGGGCUUUGAAAAUGAAUGAUGCUGCAUACACAAUUGUGGAGAGAAGUGAAGCCGGACAGACCAGCGUCAGAAAGCAGCGCACACUGACCAAAGCCAGGGGUUUGAGAACGAGUGAACCAGUACACCAACAAGAGGAACGUGAGAGAGAGAGAGAGAGAGAGAGAACGAGUGAACCAGUACACCAACAAGAGGAACGUGAGAGAGAGAGAGAGAGAGAGAGAACGAGUGAACCACUACACCAACAAGAGGAACGAGAGAGAGAGAGAGAGAACGAGUGAACCAGUACACCAACAAGAGGAACGUGAGAGAGAGAGAGAGAGAGAGAACGAGUGAACCACUACACCAACAAGAGGAACGAGAGAGAGAGAGAGAGAGAGAGAGAACGAGUGAACCACUACACCAACAAGAGGAACGAGAGAGAGAGAACGAGUGAACAGCUACACAAGCAAGAGGAAGGAGAGAGAGAACGAGUGAACCGCUACACAAGCAAAAGGAACGAGAGAGAGAGAGAUAGAACGAGAGAAUUCAGGAGACCCCAGUAAAGCCCUGCUUCAAAGAUGCAGUUGACCUUGUGUGAACCCUCUGCCAUGUCUGCCGCCGUCGUCAUGGACCCCCCCGCCGGAGUCGGGCUCCUCCAGUCCUACGGCACCGAGGACCGCUCCGCCUCCCUAGAGGACAUCACCGCCUCAGAGUCCGCCGCCAAUAGCGAGUCGUCAGAAGAAGAGCGGGAGGAGGAAGUGAGGGCCAUUCCCGCUGACCCCGCCCCCAUCACCAGCGCGAGCCCCGCCCCCAUCGCCAGCGAGACCCCCGCCAGCGCAGGAGACACGCGGACGCAGCCAGGCACUGUUCCCCGGCCGGCCUCCCUGUCCCUGGCCUCCUCAGACGAGCUCAAGCUGUGGACCUCCAGGCGCGACGGGGAGGUGAAGCUACGGGUGUCCGAAUCGGGCCCCGCCUCCGAGCCCCCCGUCACCGUGCACCAGAUGUUCACCUCCACGGUGGAGCGGUACGGGGCGUACCCCGCGCUGGGCUGGAAGGAGGGGGACCAGUGGAAGACGCUCAACUACAAGGACUACUACCAGCAGUGCAGGACAGCUGCCAAGGGCUUCCUCAAGCUGGGUCUGGAGCGAUACCACGGCGUGGGAAUCCUGGGCUUCAACUCCGCCGAGUGGUUCAUCGCCGACAUCGCCGCCAUCCUGGCUGGCGGGUUCGCAGUGGGCAUCUACACCACCAACUCCGCAGAGGCCUGCCAGUACGUGGCGGAAAACUGCCAGGCCAACAUCCUGGUGGUGGAGAACCACAAGCAGCUGCAGAAGAUCCUACAGGUCCAAGACAAGCUGCCUCACUUGAAAGCCAUAAUCCAGUACAAAGAUGAACUGAAAGAAAAGAGACCAAGCCUGUUCACGUGGGCGGAGUUUAUGGAGCUGGGUCAGGAGGUUUCUGAUUCCCAGCUGGAUGACAUCAUCUCCAGCCAAAAGCCCAACCAGUGCUGCACCCUGAUCUACACCUCCGGCACCACCGGCCAGCCCAAGGGCGUGAUGCUCAGCCAUGACAACUUGACCUGGACGGCCUUCGGAGCCGGACGCCACGUGCGCCUGACAGAGGCGAGCGUGCUGCAGGAGGUGGUGGUGAGCUACCUGCCGCUCAGCCACAUCGCCGCGCAGAUGAUCGACAUCUGGCUCAUCAUGAAGGUCGGGGGCGUGUCCUACUUCGCACAGCCGGACGCGCUGAAGGGCUCUCUGGCGAACACGCUGAGGGAGAUCCGGCCCACGGCCUUCAUGGGCGUGCCGCGGGUGUGGGAGAAGAUGCAGGAGAAGAUGAAGUCCGUCGGGGCCAAAUCCUCCGCAGUGCGCCGCAAGGUGGCGGCCUGGGCCAAGGACGUGGGCCUCAGCACCAACCUCAGCCGGAUGCAGCGGAACGGGGAGACCACAGACAGGGAGCCCCUGAACUACCGGCUGGCGAGGAAGCUGGUGUUCCGCAAGGUGCGCAAGGCGCUGGGCCUGGACCGCUGCUCCAAGUGCUACACGGGGGCCGCCCCCAUCACCAAGGAUACGCUGGAGUUCUUCCUCAGCCUGGACGUCCCCGUCUAUGAGCUCUACGGCAUGAGCGAGAGCACCGGCCCCCACACCGUGUCCCUGCCCGACGCCUUCCGCCUCACCAGCUGUGGGAAGGUGAUCCCCGGGUGUGAGACGAAGAUCUUCCGUCCGGACGAGGAGGGGAACGGGGAGAUCUGCUUCUGGGGCCGCCACGUCUUCAUGGGGUACCUCAACUCGGCCGACAAGACGGAGGAGGCGCUGGACUCCGACGGCUGGCUGCACUCCGGCGACCUGGGCAAGCACGACGAGCAGGACUUCCUGUUCAUCACCGGGCGCAUCAAGGAGCUGAUCAUCACCGCCGGAGGAGAGAACAUCCCACCAGUGCCCAUCGAGGACGAGGUGAAGGCGGCCGUGCCGCUGAUCAGUAACGCCAUGCUCAUCGGGGACAAGAGGAAGUUCCUCACCAUGCUGCUCACCAUCAAGUCCCAGGUGAACGAGGACUCAGGUGCCCCGGAGGACGAGCUGACGGAGGAGGCGGUGGCGCUGUGCCAGCGGCUGGGCAGCAGCGCCACGCGCGUUUCGGAGAUCGCCGGCGGACGGGACCGCGCCGUCCACGCCGCCAUUCAGGAGGGCAUCAACCGCGUCAACGAGCACGCCACCUCCAAUGCCCAGCGCAUUCAGAAGUGGACCGUGCUGGACAGAGACUUCUCCAUCCUCGGAGGGGAGCUGGGCCCCACGAUGAAGCUGAAGAGGCCAGUGGUGAUGAAGAUGUACAAAGAGCAGAUUGAGAAUUUCUACAAAGAAGUGGCGACCCCCACCACCCCUGACAACCCCCUGCCCCCCAAAUAAGAUUCUGACAAUAGCAUCUCCGCCCCCUUUCAGAAGAGAGGGGCAAAGAGCAAGCAUCGCAGUGAAGAAGGACACAGACACACACAAACACGCUCAUAUGCACACACACACAUACACACACACCUAACACACACACACACACACACAAAUACACACACACACAUAGACUCACGUAUACCCACACACACCUCACACACACACACACACACACACAAACACAAGCACACACACGCAUGCAUGCCCACACACAAAUACACGUACACACACACUUUGUUCAAACAACUCACCACAAUCUUUGUGCAGUUCCCGUUUCAAGUUUAACUAUUUCCCUGGGAUCUUUCUGCUAAAUUGUAAAUCGAUUAUUUUUUAUUUUUGUUUACACUUGCUGGCGUCAUAAAAACAGUUAGUAAGCGCAUCCAUGGAAUAAGUAAAUCAUCUGUUUGUAAAGACACUGCUAUAAGCUAACUAUUAUUGUGAUGAAGUACAAUAACAUCUAAUGGGGCAUUGUAACUGUCCCGUGUUUUUUUCACGUGAGUGCUUUAAAAUACGAAAAUACAGCUCAAGGGUUGAUCUUAAAUAAUGGUAUUGGAGGACCUAAGUAGAGUAAUUGUUUUGUUUGUUUAUUGUUAUUAUUUUUGUGACAUUUAUUUAUUUUUCAUUUGCCAAAGUUUGAGUGUCCCCAAAGUAUGUUGUGCACUCGGAGUGAAGACAGAAAACUAAAGAUUUUAAACCAGCAAAGAUUUUAAAACAAAUGUGGCUUUGACAGAAUGAUUUUUGUCAAAGUGGAAUACAGAGGACGAACAGGUCAGGAGUCAUUCUACAGGGAAAAAUGUAAAACAUAUCAUUGUGUUAUUUAUUGAUGUGGGACGUUAGCUUUGUUUUGUGUUGGUCUGGUUUCAGUGUAGCGUGUUACCUGGAUGAAAGCUGGAAAAAAAAAGCCUUGUGUAACUCAUCCGAACGUUGCCGUGUGCAAUGUAGAGCUGCCCUUUUGCACUGUGAAGCCCUUUGGGCUUCUGGGAAAUGAAGUUUUAUCUGAAGACUGACACUUGCACUCUAUUGGAAGGAACAUGAGCAGAUCUGCUUUCUGGUCCAUUAGCACUGAAACCACACCCCCAGAUAUUCAAGCCAUAAUACUUAAGUUUCAUGCGUUUUGCGAACAAUGAAUUCUGUGUGUUUAAUUUUUUUUUGUGUCUGUUAUGAUUUGGCUGUCAUCUGAAUGUUUUGAAAAGUUAAUUUUGGGUGUAAAAUUGCUGGGGAACCCAUUUUUUUGUGUGUGACGUUGUAAAUAUAUUUUAUAUACAGUUCCUCUCUGUGGUCUUAUUUUGACCCCAUUGUGUAGCAUCCGGUGUUUGUGAAGUGUAAGGUUCUCGAGUGUUUGUGGGUCUGAGAGACUCAGCGCUAAACGCCGCCUUGACCUUAAAUGGCAGUUUCUGCAUGAAAUGUCCAGCGCGUUACACACAAAGACAGAGCCCUCUGCUUCUCUCUGUUCAAUUUUACCCGUAAAUUAUAUUAUCGGUGAAUGACUUUGACGAUAUGCGAAAUGUAAUUUAUGGAGUUUAAAUUAUCUCCGGUUUUGUAUGUAUUUGACAGUGCGUAAAAGACGACGUUCUGCUGGAAGUUUAUUAAGAACCUAGAGUGGAAGGCAGUGCACCUGGGGACGUGAAACCUAAUCUAUCUUGCACUGAUUUUCCUCUCGAAUUAACUGAGAGGAGAUGAGCCGAAUGUUUAUAUCGUUGUCUUCGUGCUUUUACAUUUACCUGCGUUUUUUGGUGGUAUUCUGUGUGAGGAUAUUGAUCUAGUUUUUUCAUGGUUUGAUAUGUAGCACCGGUUUAUAAACGGGAAGCUUCAGGGGUUUCAACCUUCCAAUAUUUCUGACGGAAUGCAUGGCCUUGGUUUUAUUUUGAAGUUGAUUUGGAAUCCCCCACCCCACCCUACCCUCAACUUGCUUUCAGGGUUUAAAUUCAGGGGGAUAGUAGCAUUUUGACCAUGGGUAGGCUAUAUGACAAAAUACUUGAAUUAAACAAAAAAAAAUUUUUUUUGAAACCUGCCGUACAUUAUUAUGCUGUCCAAAGAAUCCAUUGGCAUGUCACAGUAUGUAGCCUGUUAAAUCUUUCGUCCUACAGACCUAUAUACAUCUCUCACAUGGAAAUGACCAAAUAUAGUUAUGGGAGAACAAUUCUUCGUGCAACCUAAAAUGGGCGGCAUUACCAAGUGCUACGAGCGAAUAACUGAUAUCAGCCAACAAUUCGGUCCCGCUGUGGAACGUUUUGAUUGGCUCAAAGAAGUCAGUGAUUGACAGUUUAUUGUUGCUUCAUCCAUUGUUGGGUUCGCGAAAGCUGACUCUCCCGGUGUUACGGAAUGUGCUUUCAGCGAGCAUUUCUACGUACAGUACAGGGCAGAUUAACUGUGGCGUGAGUACGAGACAGUCUGGUAUCCGAGCAGGAAAGGUUUUUAGGAGGAGAAACUAGAAUUAUUUUUUCCCCCAGUGUCCAGCCUGUGGCAUUAGGGAAUCGCAAUUGGCAUGCAGCGUUUUACGCAAGCCUUGAAAUGUACGAAUUAACAAACUGCUUUUUCUUUUUUUUAAGGAGAAAUGAUGGUGAAACCAUGUCAUGUUCUUUUUUUCCUCCCAUCUCUUGGAAAGUUUGCGGCAGGUGGUGUUGAAACGGAAAUAUUUCAAUUUCAGCCGUUGCGAAAAACUGCUUUGAAACAACGAAACCGCCGUGGCCUCGCGGGUGACCAUUUUCAAAUCCGCUCGUUUGAGGCGGCCAUCGUAAUUCGGCCUCGCGGCAACCCAAUACAGUAACGUAGGCUGAUUGUGCUCGACACUGCCACGUGUUGGUAGUCUUGUUUUUUUUCCCCCUUUGCAAUAUGUGAUCUUGUUUACAUAUUGAGUUCUAAAGAAAUGUGACCUGGACCAGUGUUCCCCAAACCUCUGCUGCAGGUGGAACACAUCAAAUACCUGGAUUCGGCUGGGGGAACCAGAGGACAGGUGUGGGAACCACUGACCUCAAUGGGUUGAAGGCACACCUGAACUUGAGAGCAAUGCUGGUUUUACCUGACUCUGAACCUUUUGAGUUUUGAAGACUUUUGUCACUAUGUUUAGUGAGAGAGGUUUUCUCAUGCAUCACCCUCUUUGUCUAUAAUUAAUGUGCAGGCCUGUUUGAAAAGGGUAAGGAGAAGGGAGAUGAUUGUGUCUAUCUAUGGUGUGUGUGCGUGCUCAAAUGAGAAAAUAAAUGCAUAUUACCCAACUGA